GCUAAGUACACGUGGCAACCUGUGGAGCAAUUGGACCUUCCCAAUAAAGAUGGUUUGAAAGGAUUCUACAAGGUAGAUGUUGAUAUUCCGGCUGAUGACUGGGCAAAUAUAACCCAGUUCUAUGAUGUCUUAGUAUUCAACACCGGACACUGGUGGGGGCUUGAUAAAUUUCCAAAAGAAACACCUCUUGUUUUCUACAAGGGUGGAAAACCGAUAGUCCCUCCUCUUGAAAUUUUAAAUGGACUUGAAUUGGUUCUUCAGAGUAUGGUAUCUUACAUCAAUAGGGAAAUUCCUAUUAAGGUUGUAAAAAUCUGGC